AGCACACCUGCUUGAUCUCCACGCCGAUCGGCGCUCCCGAGUCCAAUUAUCCCAAAAGGCCCGAGGAGCCACUCGCUCGCCGCCUCGACUGGAUUUUUGGGAGUCCCCCCGCCCCCACAUUACUCAAAGCUCCUUUGCCUUGCUUCUCCUGGGAACAGUCAACAGCAUCUUCCCUGAGGUUCUUCAUCUCGUUCAUGCAGGCUCCCCUGCUAGCAGCACCAUGAGGUCAGCCUGUCUCUCUCUGCUCCUGGUCACCGCCUGCUGGGCACUGCCCUUCCGCCAGUCGGGCUUCCUGGACUUCAUGAUGGAGGACGAGCCCGGGUCGGCCCUGCCCGACGAGAAAAACACCUUUGAGGUGCCCGUCAUGCCUGAAGGACCCAAGUGUCCCUUCCGCUGCCAGUGCCACCUGCGCGUGGUCCAGUGUUCUGACCUCGGUCUCAAGGAGGUUCCCAAAGACAUCCCAGAUGACACCACUCUCCUGGACCUGCAGAACAACAAGAUCAGCGAGAUCAAGGAGGAUGACUUCAAGAACCUGAAGGGACUGCAUGCUCUGAUCCUGGUCAACAACAAGAUCAGCAACAUCCACGCCAAAGCCCUGAGCCCUCUGACCAAGCUGCAGCGCCUCUACCUGUCCAAGAACCUGCUGAAGGAGAUGCCGGCCAACAUGCCCAAGAGCCUUCAGGAGCUGCGCAUCCACGAGAACGAGAUCACCAAGAUCAAGAAAUCCUCCUUCCAGGGAAUGGCCCAUGUCAUCGUCAUGGAGCUCGGCUCCAACCCCCUGAAGAGUGCAGGAAUCGACGCCGGAGCGUUCAGCGACCUGAAAAGAGUCUCCUACAUUCGUAUUGCGGACACUAGGAUCACAGAGAUCCCACAAGGUCUCCCCAGCUCACUUUCUGAGCUCCACUUGGACGGGAACAAGAUCUCCAAGGUGACCGCCGACAACCUGAAGGGCCUGAAGCACCUGGCUAAGCUGGGUUUGAGCCACAAUGAGAUCAGCUCGGUGGAGAACGGCACCCUGGUGAACGUCCCCCACCUGCGAGAGCUUCACCUGGAUAACAACGCUCUGACCAGCGUGCCCCCCGGCCUGCCUGACCACAAAUACAUCCAGGUGGUCUACCUCCACGUCAACAAGAUCAGCGCGGUGGGAACAGAGGACUUCUGCCCCCCAGGCUUCAACACCAAGAAGGCCAUGUACUCGGGCAUCAGCCUCUUCAGCAACCCGGUGCCUUACUGGGAAGUCCAGCCCAUCACCUUCCGCUGCGUCUUCGACCGCUCCGCCAUCCAGCUGGGCAACUACAGGAAGAAGUAGAGCGAGCGCUUCCCCUCCUGUGAUUCCCUCACACCGCCCACCUCCAUCGCCCCAUCAUUGAGGAAGUGUGCAUUUGUAAAUGAGCGCGUGAAAGUGUGCGUGUUUGACCACCGUCACCCCCCCCAACCCAACUCUCUUAUAGUGGACAUGGACCUCAAGCACAUUUUUUUUUUUUUUUUUUUUUACAAGAACACCGUUAUUUAGCUUGGCUUGGUUGCUAGCAAACGCGGCUUACAGGAGACACACACAUGGGUAGAGCCGUAAUAUAUCCUCACAUUCAUACUGUAGCGUAGGUAAUCACGGAAACAUUCCACUGUCUUUUUUGGACCAAUGGCAGACGAGGCCUGUGGAGCAGGCAGCCAACCUGUACCAACCAUUCCUGUGUGACAGCAUCCAGAAUGUGGACCAAGUAGUCUGAUUGUGCCUGAUGAAAGCAACCGUGACUCCAAAAUUUAGAAUAAACCAUAUAUGUUUCAAACAGAA